AUGAAACACUGCUUCAGCCUCGCCGCGGCGCUGGCCGUCGUGACCCUGGCCGCGCUUCUCUCGUCGGACGCCGUGGUCGCAUGCAUCGACGUGGGCUUCUACGACAGGACCAGCCCGUCCGCCGAGACCCUGGUGCAGCAGACCGUGGCCGCCGCCUUCGGCAACGACUCCGGCGUCCCUCCGGCCAUCAUCCGCCUCCACUUCCACGACUGCUUCGUCAAGGGCUGCGACGGCUCCGUGCUGAUCGACUCGACGCCUGGCAACAAGGCGGAGAAGGACUCGGCGCCCAACUUCCCCAGCCUCCGCUUCUUCGACGUGGUGGACCGCGCCAAGGCGGCCCUCGAGGCGCAGUGCCCCGGCGUCGUCUCCUGCGCCGACGUCCUCGCCUUCGCGGCGCGGGACAGCAUCGUGCUGUCGGGCGGCCUCGGGUACCAGGUGCCCGCCGGGCGCCGGGACGGCCGUGUGUCCACCGAAACGGACGCGCUCAACAACCUGCCCGGGCCGACGUCCACCGCCUCCGACCUGGUCGCCGGCUUCGCCGCCAAGAACCUCACCGUCGAGGACAUCGUCGUCCUCUCGGGCGCCCACAACAUCGGCGUCUCCCACUGCAGCAGCUUCACCGAGCGGAUCUACAACUUCCCCAACACAACCGACGGGAUUGACCCGAAGCUGAGCAAGGCGUACGCGUUCUUGCUCAAGGGCAUCUGCCCGCCGAACAGCAACCAGACGUUCCCGACGACGACGACGCUCAUGGACCUCAUCACGCCGGCGAGGUUCGACAACAAGUACUACGUGGGGCUGGCCAACAACCUGGGCCUCUUCCAGUCGGACGCGGCGCUGCUGACCAACGCCACCAUGAAGUCGCUGGUGGACUCCUUCGUGCGCAGCGAGGCGGCGUUCCGGACCAGGUUCGCCAGGUCCAUGCUCAAGAUGGGGCAGAUCGAGGUGCUCUCCGGGGCGCAGGGCGAGAUCAGGCGCAACUGCAGGGUCAUCAACCCCACCAACGUCACUAGUGCCGGCGCCGUUCACCAUCAUCUUCUCCCCAGAUCAUCAGGUUCUUCAGGAACCAACCAGGUGGCUGCAAGCUGA